GUCCUCGCUGGGGCCGGGGACGGGCCCACGACGGACGCCACGGUCGCCUGCUUCCCCGUCCGCAGGAUCGGCGGCUCAAGCAAGCCCCAGGGCGUGCUCAACCUCUCUUACAAGCUCGGCGGGGUCGUCCAGCCGGACCACCUUGCCGCCCGGACCGAGGGAACCCCGCGGGUGCAGGCAGCUGGCGGCCCGUGUCCGACGAUGGCGUACUUGGCUGCCGCGGCGACGGCGUACUCGGCUGCGCGCCCGCCACAGGACUUGCCGCCUACAGCGUACGCAGCGCCGCCCGUGGGUGCGACGUCGACGAGCAUGCGGAGCAGCCGGUGGAAGCUAGCCGCUUGAGAAGAUGACACAUUUGUUUUUCUGAGAAUGUAUACAGUGUAUCUUGAAAUACUGCUUGGUGAAAUACCCUCUACUCGGCCUACCAAAGAUUCGAUGAAGAUGUUGGCCACUCAUCUCUAAAAUGUAAAGAAGUAAUUAGGCUGCUUAUUGAUUUUUGAGGAAGUGAGAGAAUUAAGCCCGUUUCAAUCUUACGGGAUAAACUUUAGCUUUCUACUAAUUUUAGCUAUAUGAAUUGAAGUGCUAAAGUUUAGUUUUUUGGAAUGUUUGGAUUACUCUAAUAAAGUUUAGCAUAUUGGAAUAAAAAGACACUCAUGUCCCUAAUGCGGAGAGGGAAUGAGGUUAGAGGGUAUGGGUGGAAAAUAGGGUUCUCUGGCUCACGUUUAGGUUCUUUUAGCAUGCCUUGAGCAACUUAUGACAUAAUAGGUACUAAAUUUUAUCAUAUCAUCAUUAGCUCUUCUGUUUAGAUUACCAAAUGAAUAAAAAUAGUUAAAAAAACUGCUAAAGUUUAUCUCUUUAGAUUGAAACAGACCUUAGCCUGCUAUCACAACAACCAUCCCGCGUUCACGAGUGAACAGAGUAGAGUAGUUGUAUGGGCAUGCCCCAUUCCAGCUCCCUCCACCACUUCCUCCGCCACGUUUCCUUCCCUCCGGACCCGCACCUCCUCCCCACCGCGUUCAAGUCAUGCCCGACACUGCCGCUCGCCCGCGCUCUCCACGCCGUCGCCGAGGUCAGCGGCCUCGCGCGGGACCCCUUCGUCGCCUCCUCGCUCCUACACGCCUAUCUCCGCCUCGGUACCACGGGCAACGCCCGCGCCUUGUUCGACGGAAUGCCGCGCCCGCAGAGGACCGUCGUCGGCUGGAGCGCGCUGGUCGCGGCGCACGCGGCGCGCGGGGACGCCGAGGGCGCCUGGCGCCUGCUCGAGGAGAUGCGGCGGGAUGGCGGCGUGGAGCCGAACGUGAUCACCUGGAACGGGCUCGUGUCCGGGCUCAACCGCAGUGGCCGUGCCCGGGACGCGGUCGUUGCGCUGGCGACCAUGCACGGGGAAGGGCUCCUGCGUCCUGACGCCACGGGCGUCUCGUGCGCGCUGUCUGCUGUUGGGGACGUCGGUUUGGUUUCGGUGGGCCAACAGCUGCACGGAUACGCUGUGAAGGCAGGUUGCAGGGCGGACGCCUGCGUGGUCACCGCCCUCAUCGACAUGUACGGGAAGUGCGGCCAGGCUGCAGAGGUUGUUCGGGUGUUUGAUGAGUCCAGCCACAUGGAUGUUGCUUCUUGCAAUGCCCUUAUUGCGGGACUAUCUCGGAACGCGCAAGUCUGCGAGGCACUAAGGUUGUUCAAAGAGUUUGUUGACCGGGGAGUUGAGCUGAAUGUCGUGUCCUGGACCUCGAUUGUUGCUUGUUGUGUGCAGAAUGGUAAGGAUUUGGAAGCUGUCGAGUUUUUCAGGGAGAUGCAGGCACAAGGGACUGAACCAAACUCUGUCACGAUCCCUUGUGUGCUGCCAGCGUUUGCCAAUGUUGCAGCUCUGAUGCAUGGGAGGUCAGCGCACUGUUUUGCUCUCAGGAAGGGCUUUCUCCAUGAUGUUUAUGUGAGCAGUGCUUUGGUGGACAUGUAUGCAAAGUGUGGCAGGGUUAAGGAUGCGAGAAUAAUAUUCGAUACAAUGGUAUCUCGGAAUGUGGUGUCAUGGAAUGCGAUGAUCGGUGGCUAUGCUAUGUAUGGAGAGGCUGUGAAUGCAGUUUGGAUGUUUCACUCAAUGCUGAAGUGCAAACAAAAGCCUGACAUGGUCACCUUCACCUGCUUGCUUGCUGCUUGCACGCAAGCUGGCCUCACAGAGGAAGGGCGUCAUUAUUUCAAAGAAAUGCAUAAUGAGUAUGGUGUUUCUCCGAGGAUGGAACAUUAUGCAUGUAUGGUUACUCUUCUAGGACGUGCUGGCAAGCUUGAUGAGGCAUAUGAUCUCAUAAGUGACAUGCCCUUUGAGCCAGAUGCUUAUAUUUGGGGUUCAUUAUUAGGCUCUUGCCGGGUUCAUGGCAACGUGGAUCUGGCUGAGGUUGCAGCAGAAAAGCUCUUUCAUCUAGAGCCAGAAAAUGCUGGUAAUUAUGUCCUUCUCUCUAACAUUUAUGCUUCUAAGAAAAUGUGGGAUCGGGUUAAUAGGGUUAGAGAGAUGAUGAAGGAUGUAGGCUUGAAGAAGGAAAAAGGCUGUAGCUGGAUUGAGAUCAAGAACAAGGUGCAUAUGUUGUUGGCUGGUGAUGAUUCACACCCUAUGAUGACUGCGAUAAUUGAGAAAAUAAACCAGCUUAAUAUUCAGAUGAGGAAGCUAGGCUUUGUACCAAGCACAGAUUUUGUCCUACAUGAUGUGGAGGAACAAGAGAAAGAUGAUAUUCUUGCUGUUCACAGUGAGAAGCUAGCUGUCGCUUUGGGACUCAUAAGCACUAGCCCAGGAACAACCCUUCGGGUGAUAAAGAACCUCCGAAUUUGUGGCGACUGCCAUGAGGCAAUGAAAUUUAUAUCAUCUUUUGAGGGGAGGGAGAUAUCUGUUAGAGAUACCAACAGGUUCCAUCACUUCAGUGGUGGAAAAUGUUCCUGUGGGGAUUUUUGGUGACUUUAUGUGUGCUUUCCUUGAGGAGAGGGAGAUAUCUGUUAGAGAUACCAACAGGUUCCAUCACUUUAGGAGUGGAAAAGGUUCCUGUGGGGGUUUUUGGUGACUUUGUGCUUUCCUGCAAUACUAUUUGCACAACAACUUGAUGAGGAUGGCAAUGGAACAUAGCAUUCGUUCCUGGAUUUUUUUCCCAUAAGAUGGAUUUGACUUAAGAGCUAUUGGAUUGGAUUGGACUUGACAUUAAACAUUUUGUAUUGGGGUACGUUUGGAUUUUGAUUUUUUCCCUUUGAUUUUAAUUGAAAUUGUCCAUAUGGAUUGGAUACUGCUAAUCCAUUGCCACCUCUAGUUGCAGCCUAGUAGGAAAAAAGGAUUCUUCUACUUUCUGAGCUCGUUGACUGAGGAAUUUUGCUCAAGUAUGUUUGAAGGGGAAGACAUACUUGAAGGCAUUGGUUCUUUAAGGGCUGGGGGGAUAGAUUUUUUAAGAUUCAGUGAAAGGAGCAAGCAGGAGGUCCGUCACCCUGAAUAUCCUAGAUUGUGUGAUGUAAAUAUCUCCAAAGAAAACUUGUUUUUAACUUCAGGAAACGAGAUUAUUUGACAUAACAAGAACACUAUCAUGCUAUUUCAUUUAUCUAUUUCUUAUUUCAAGUAAUAGAACAUUGGGAUUAUAAAUUAUUUUAAUAUCUAUGCCGUUGGCUUUGAAUAUCUAGUUGUUGAGAAGGGCACACUAUUUCUAGAAGUUACAGCACCAUGUAUCAAUAUCCAGAUUGAAGUGUUGAUAAGUGUGUCUGAAUAUUUUUAGCUAUUGUUGUUUGUUGUUUUUAUUUCUAUGGAAAUGAAUUGUAUGUUUACAUGUC